AGCUUCUGAAGCUGCAAUCUUCAAGCUCAAAACCAAACCCUAGAAACAAAACAAUGACGGCGACACAAAUGCUGCUUCAUCUUCUUCUUCUUCCACUUCUCUUCGUUUACUUCAGUAACCAAGUAGGAGCAGAACUCACCGACGAGUUAACGACAUUGCUGGAGGUUAAAACAGAGCUUGACCCAGAAGACAAACACUUAGCUUCAUGGAGUAUUAACGGAGAUCUGUGUAAAGACUUUGAAGGUGUUGGUUGUGAUUGGAAAGGACGAGUUUCUAACAUAUCUCUACAAGGGAAAGGAUUGUCUGGUAAAAUCUCUCCGAACAUUGCAAAGCUUAAACAUCUGACGGGUUUGUUCUUGCAUUACAAUGCUCUUGUCGGAGAUAUUCCUAGAGAACUUGGUAACUUGUCUGAGCUUACGGAUCUUUAUCUUAAUGUUAAUAAUCUCUCCGGUCAGAUUCCUUCAAACAUUGGGAAGAUGCAAGGCUUGCAAGUUUUGCAGCUCUGUUACAACAAUUUGACAGGAAGCAUUCCUAGGGAGCUUGGUUCACUGAGGAAGCUGAGUGUUCUUGCUCUUCAAUCUAACAAACUCACUGGAGCUAUACCUGCGAGUUUAGGAGAUUUAAGUGCUUUAGAGCGGCUAGAUUUGAGCUACAAUCACUUGUUUGGUUCUGUACCAGGCAAGUUAGCUAGCCCUCCUUUGCUUCGAGUUCUCGACAUCCGAAACAACUCCCUCACCGGCAAUGUACCUCCUGUACUGAAGAGAUUGAAUGAAGGUUUUUCUUUUGAGAACAACUUGGGGCUAUGUGGAGCUGAGUUUUCACCUUUGAAAUCUUGCAAUGGCACAGCUCCUGAUGAACCUAAGCCGUACGGUGCAACCGUGUUUGGUUUUCCAUCCCGGGAUAUACCUGAAUCAGCUAAUCUUCGGUUACCUUGUAAUGGAACAAACUGUAAUGCUCCUCCAAAAUCUCACCAAGGUGCAAUCCUUAUCGGGUUGGUUGUCUCGACUAUCGCCUUGUCUGCUAUUAGCAUCCUCUUGUUCACCCAUUAUCGCAGACGCAAACAGAAGCUUUCUACCGCUUAUGAAAUGUCAGACACCCGUGUCAACACCGUAGGAGGAGGCUUUAGGAAGAACAAUGGUUCUCCAUUGGCCAGUCUUGAAUAUACCAGUGGUUGGGAUCCACUUUCAGACAAUAGGAAUCUCAGUGUCUUUGCUCAAGAAGUUAUCCAGAGCUUUCGAUUUAAUCUGGAAGAGGUUGAAACUGCUACACAGUAUUUCUCAGAAGUGAAUUUGCUUGGAAGAAGCAACUUCUCUGCGACUUACAAAGGAAUCUUGAGAGAUGGUUCGGCUGUGGCGAUCAAACGGUUCAGUAAAACUAGUUGCAAAUCCGAAGAACCUGAGUUCUUGAAAGGACUCAACAUGUUGGCGUCUCUGAAACACGAAAACUUGGCAAAACUUAGAGGUUUCUGCUGUUCAAGAGGCCGUGGAGAAUGCUUUCUGAUCUAUGAUUUUGCUCCCAAUGGAAAUCUACUGAGCUAUCUUGACCUCAAAGAUGGCGAUGCACAUGUUCUUGACUGGUCUACGAGAGUAUCCAUCGCUAAAGGCAUCGCAAAAGGGAUUGCUUAUCUGCAUUCAUACAAAGGAAGCAAACCAGCAUUGGUUCACCAAAACAUCUCAGCGGAGAAAGUCCUAAUCGACCAGCGAUACAAUCCGCUACUCUCAAACUCAGGCCUCCACACGCUUCUCACAAACGACAUUGUCUUCUCUGCACUCAAAGACAGUGCAGCAAUGGGCUAUCUCGCUCCAGAAUACACCACAACAGGACGUUUCACCGAGAAAACGGAUGUCUACGCUUUCGGGAUUCUUGUGUUUCAGAUUAUCUCCGGGAAACAGAAGGUUAGACAUCUUGUUAAGCUUGGAACAGAAGCUUGUAGGUUCAAUGAUUACAUCGAUCCAAAUCUUCAAGGAAGGUUCUUUGAAUAUGAAGCCACAAAGCUAGCGAGAAUCGCAUGGCUAUGCACUCAUGAAUCUCCCAUUGAAAGACCAUCCGUGGAAGCUGUUGUUCAUGAGCUUGGUAACUGUAGUAGCUGUCUCUGAGAACUCUCUCUUGAGGCCAAUUCGUGAUGUGUACCUUAGGAAUCAAGGAAGGGUUUGUUAGUCGUCUUUUCUUGUGUUUAGGGUUAAGAAAAGGUGCUUUUUCCC